AUGUCUGACGACGAGCAGCACAACCAGACCUUUGAGCAGGCCAACGCCGGCGCCUCUCACACCUUCCCCAUGCAAUGCUCGGCUCUCCGUAAGAACGGUCACGUCGUCAUCAAGGGCCGCCCCUGCAAGAUCGUCGACAUGUCGACCUCCAAGACCGGCAAGCACGGUCACGCCAAGGUCCACCUUGUCGCUAUCGACAUCUUCACCGGCAAAAAAUUGGAAGAUAUCUCUCCUUCCACCCACAACAUGGACGUUCCCAACGUUAACCGUAACGAAUACCAGCUCGUCAACAUCGACGACGGUUUCCUUAACCUCAUGACCCCGGACGGCGCCUCCAAGGACGAUGUCCGUGUUCCUGACAGCGAACUCGGCGAGCAGAUUCAGGCCGACUUCGAGGCUGGCAAGGAUCUCCUGAUCAGCAUCAUCUCCGCCAUGGGUGAGGAGCAGGCCAUCUCCUACAAGGAAGCUCCCAAGGGCUCUUAA